CUAUUUGUUUGGAGAUCCCAAUAGAGCUUGCUUUAUCCGACUGGAUCUGGUAAAAAGAAUGAACUUUCCGAUUGAGAGAGAAAGAGAAGAGAGAGAAAGAAGGAGAGGAAAAAUGUAGCAAUAGUUGAUUAAAAAUUUGUAUAUUUCUCUAUCCAUCCAACAGUUUAAUUCAAGAUGAUUAAACCCUAUGGCUAAUAUCUCACUACCAGUCCUAAUUUCUGGAUGCUAUUGUACCUAUCCCUAAAACUUAUCCUAUUUUUAACUGCCGAAUAAGAUUUUUCCCUCCCUCGCAAUUUGCAAGUUCCAACUUCCAACCUCCAACUACUCAAUUCAAGCGAGUGACACCAUCAACGAACCAAAAUACGCUCAUCAACCCCUCUGCCCUCUCUCCUUUCCUUAUCUAUUCCCCACUCGUUUAACAAUUACCAGGCGGAGUUUGGUGAGCCUAAUCGUCUCUCUUUUGCCACUUCCCAAAUCAAGCUUCCCUUUAAUUCUCCUUCAGCCUCCUUACUCCGCGUUCUCAGCUUCCUAUAUCUAUCGAGGGGGAGAGAGAGUGAGUCUCAGAAUUCGUUUCAAGAUCGAGGGAAAUCGAGUGUAGAAAUGGCGAGGAAGAAGAUUAGAGAGUACGAUUCGAAGAGGCUUCUCAAGGAGCACUUGAAGAGACUUGCUGGGAUCCAGCUCGAUAUCUGUUCUGCUCAGGUGACAGAAACCACAGACUUCACUGAGUUAACGAAUAAAGAACCAUGGCUUUCAUCCACAAGAUUGGUUGUGAAGCCUGACAUGCUAUUCGGGAAGCGUGGAAAGAGUGGUCUGCUAGCUCUGAAUUUAGAUCUGGCCCAAGUUGCUUGCUUCGUGAAAGAACGCCUUGGUGUGGAGGUUGAGAUGGGUGGAUGCAAGGCUCCAAUAUCAACAUUCAUCGUCGAACCAUUUGUUCCCCAUGAGCAAGAAUAUUACCUAUCCAUUGUCUCUGAGAGACUUGGAUGUACCAUUAGCUUCUCGGAGUGUGGUGGUAUUGAAAUUGAGGAAAACUGGGACAAGGUUAAGACGAUAUUCCUCCCAAGUGAGAAGCCCAUGACAUCUGAGGCAUGUGCUCCACUAAUAGCUACACUACCCUUGGAGGUGCGAGGGGAAUUUGGGGACUUUAUAGAGGGUGUAUUUGCUGUAUUUCAAGAUCUGGACUUCUCUUUCCUAGAGAUGAAUCCCUUUACAUUGGUGAAUGGAGAACCAUACCCAUUGGAUAUGAGAGGAGAAUUGGACGAUACCGCUGCCUUUAAGAACUUCAAAAAGUGGGGAAAAAUAGAGCUCCCAUUGCCUUUUGGUAGAGUUCUGAGUCCUGCGGAGAACUUUAUUCAUUCAUUGGAUGAAAAGACAAGCGCAUCCCUGAAGUUCACUGUUUUGAAUGCUAAGGGGCGCAUUUGGACUAUGGUAGCCGGUGGUGGGGCAAGUGUCAUCUAUGCUGACACUGUUGGAGAUUUGGGUUAUGCGUCAGAACUUGGAAAUUAUGCAGAGUACAGUGGAGCCCCAAAUGAGGAGGAGGUUUUGCAGUAUGCUAGAGUUGUUAUUGAUUGUGCAACUGUUGACCCUGAUGGUCGCAAAAGAGCCCUUCUUAUUGGAGGUGGCAUAGCUAACUUCACUGAUGUUGCUGCUACUUUCAAUGGCAUUAUUGGGGCCCUUCGGGAGAAGGAAUCCAAGCUGAAGGCAGCAAGAAUGCACAUCUAUGUUCGAAGAGGAGGUCCAAACUAUCAGACUGGUUUAGCAAGAAUGCGAGCCCUGGGAGAGGAACUGGGGGUUCCCCUAGAGGUAUAUGGCCCAGAGGCGACAAUGACUGGAAUUUGCAAGCAAGCAAUUGAUUGCAUCAUGUCCUAAAAUCUCCUUCCUGUCCUUGUGACCUUUCAAAAUGCCUGUCAAGAAAGUAAUUUUAACUAAAGGGUUCAAGUUUUCAAAGGGCAUUCUGGAUAAAGUUUCUGUAGAAUUAGCUCCAGUUAUUUCUUAGAGGUUUGACUGUUUACUCCAAUGAGUCCUUUCUUCCCCUAUUUUAUUAGCUUUUGUAAUCAUCUUCUAUAACCAUUCUUCACUAGUUGAUUUCUGUGUACAAGUGGCUAUCAUGGAUUGGUCAUUGAACUA